AUGGCAACAGCCUAUAUUUGUCCAAUGUGUAUUUUUAAUUGUGACAAUUUACCAGAUUUAGAACAGCAUCUUGAAGCACAUGAAAAUAAUCUGAUUCAAUCACCUGUUAAACAACAACAACAACAACAGGUCAAUAAAUCUAUACGAAAUAGUCCACUCUAUGCAAAAUCUCAAACGGCACUCAAUCUUCAACAACAAAAUCGUUCUCCUAUUGAUAAUUCUCAAUCGCCAUUAAAUUCUUCACCAAUUCGUUCCUCACCAAAUAAAACAUAUGAUAGACGAUAUUCAUGUAAAUCAUGUCCAUUUUCAACUCAUAGUGUUAAAGCUUAUUUUAAUCAUCGACAAAUGGCACAUAGUGAACAACUUAUUAUAACUGAAUGUCCAUUUUGUGAUUAUGCGAGUCAAUAUCCAGGCAAAGUUAAAAAACAUUUAACUGAUGAACAUCCAUUACAACAGAUGUCAAAUACUGAAGUAUCAAAUCAAUCAACCCGAAUAUCAUCACGUGGAAAUUCAAUUAAUAAUACAAUUGAACAAAAUUCAAAAAUAAAUAUUGAUGGAACAGCAAUAAAAUUUACUGAUUGUCCAUUUUGUUCAUUUACAUCGACCGAUUCAGAAGCAUUUCGUAAACAUGUUCUUACAAAUCAUUUAAGUGAUAAAAAUUUUCGUUGUCUUGUUUGUAAUCGACUUUAUCGAUAUCGAGGCGAUUGUUCAUUUCAUAUUCGUAAAAAACAUUCGGAUCGUAUGAUCGGUGAUAAUAUUGAAUCAUUACGUGAAUAUAUUGGUGAAUUUCAACCAAAUUCAAUGACAAUUAAUGAAUUAAAAGAACUUCUAUCAUGUCCAUUAACACCAUCACUUGCAUCAAUACCAUCUAAUGGAAUACCUAAUAUGUCUCGACAAUCAUUAAUUCUACAACAACAACAACAACAACAGCAACAGCAACAACAAUCAAAUGCUUCGCAUGCAUUUCGCUGUGGUUAUUGUACAUUUUCAUCAGUUAAUUCAGGUGAUGUUAAAAAACAUCAAACAUGGAAACAUGCAAAUUUAGCAUCAAAUAUUUUACCUAUUGAUCCAAAUGAUCUUCAACAACAAUUAAUUGUUAGUUCGAAACGAAAAAGAGUUCAUAGUACAAAAUCAAAUAAUAAUGAAGAAGAUGGUCCUAGUAUACGACGACCAAGAAUAUCAAUGCCAUCACAACGACAAUUAACUAUUGAUACAUCACCAACAAUAAAUGUAGAUAAUGAUUUAGCACCUAAAGAUUUACUUUCACCUAAUGAACCUAUAUCAUCAUUUGAUUCUGAUCAAUCAUUAACAAAAACGAAUAAUACUCAUAUUUCUACUCAACAUCAAUUAUCUGCUAUUGGUUCAAUAUCAUCUCGUGUUUACAAAUGUAUUCGUUGUGAACGUUUAGCACCGCAUCGAUGGAUUAUUGAACGUCAUAUACGUGCUAAACAUCCAUCUGAUUCAGAUAAUAUAACAAAUGUUAUACUUGAAAUUGAUAAACCAUUAACAUCAUCAACAAAUGGUGAACCAAUGACAGCAACAAAAUCUUCAUCAGCAUCGGAUCAAGAUACUGCAACUUCAACGAUACCAAAAGCAUUUUCAUGUUCAGCAUGUUCACUACAAUCAUAUCAUUUAUGGGUUAUUUUACGACAUAUUCGUAAUGUUCAUGAAAAUGAUGGAUCAGAUGCAAAAAUUAUUGAUAAUAUUAAUAAUCAAAUAAUUGAAGAUAAUGAUGAUAUCGAAACAGAUAAACCUGUUAAUAGUGUAUCAUCGAAUACUACAACAAUAAAUACCAAUGAUAAUGAGAAUGAGAAUAAUGAUGAUGAUGAUGAAAUUCAAAGUGAACAAAAUGAUGUAAAUAAUGAAGAAAUGCUUAAACAUUUAAUAAAUACAGCAAUGGCAACAAGAAAAACAAAUGCAACAAAUACAUUCUUAGAAAAUUUACCAACAUCAUUAAUGAACAAUAAUGUUGCUGCAUCACUUGCUACUUUACUUGGACAGUUAUCUAAUAAACAAUUACUUCAACAACAACAACAGCAACAGCAACAACAACAAUUGCAAGCUGAAAAAGCACCAUUAAUUAAACGAUAUAAAUGUUCACUAUGUUCACAUAUUUCUGCUUGGGGAGGUAAUGUUAAAAAACAUUUAAAACGUAUGCAUCCAGGUGAUCAUUCUGGUCAUGUAAUUGAUCUUGGUCUUGACUUAAAUACUAAUGCUAAUCAACUAUCAUCAUUAUCGAGUAGUAAUGAAUUUGACGAACUGAAUGAACAACAAAUACUUAGUUCAAGUACAAAUAAAAUAUCAGCAAUUAAUGAAAAUAUUCAUCAAACAUAUCAACAGUCGUCUGAUAUCAUCAAUACAAAAUUAAAAGAUAUUGAUAAUUCUCCAUCAUUUGCUCCGCCAUCAUCGAAUAAUACUUCUCAAUCAACUCGACCAGAACGUCUUUAUGGAUGUUCUGCAUGUCCAUAUGAAUGUACAAAUCCAUCAAAUAUUCAUCGUCAUGUUGAACUUCACUGUGGUGAUGAUGGUGGUGGUUUUCAAUGUUCACAAUGUUUUUUCUUAUCGAAAUGGCGUGCAAGUAUACGUAAACAUAUGAUAUCAACUCAUGGUAGUAGUUUAGCAUCAUUAACAAAUGUUCUUGAACCAUUAAUACUUACGAAAUCUGAUGAUGCUAUUGUUAUUGUUAAAAAAUGGUUAAUUCAUGAAAAUGGUAAUAAACAUGAAGAUGAUCCAAAUAAUAAUAGUACACAUACAAUGGAUAUAUCAACAUAUUAUUGUUCAUCAUGUCCCUAUAUAAAUAAUAAUCGUCUAUCAUUUGAACAACAUGUUAUACAUCAUAAUUUACCUGUAAAUGAUGAAGAUAUUUAUACAUGUACAUUUUGUACGUUUAAUACAGAUGAAAAAGAUUUAUUUGAAGAUCAUCAAAUGUUACAUAUUGUGAAAGAAGAUUUUCCACAAGAUGCAACUGCGAAUUUCGUAGAAAACACGGUUAUUUAA